AUGAAGUUCACUCUAGACAUUACCGCCGCCUGUAUUUCGUUGCUCGCAACUACCACAUUCGCUCUGCCAGGCCCAGAGAUCCACAGGCGUGCAGUCUCGCAAGAGCUCUUCCAGGAGUUUGUCCGUGCAGCGCAACUCUCCCACGGCGCAUAUCAGAACCGGUGCGCAUCGCCCGUCGGAACUACAAGGCUCUAUACCAUCCGAAAUUCGCAAUAUGAUACCGACGGCUUCAUUUCUAGGGACGACUCGAGGAAGGAGAUUGUAGUCGCGUUUCGUGGAACUGGUGGGAUAUUGGAUGCGAUCAUCGACCUGAGAAACACGCUUGUUCCGUACACCUCGCCGGGCGCGGAUGGUUGCACGGGCUGCACUGUACACCAAGGCUUCCAGCAGCAGUGGAACGCCGUAGCCGCCGCGGUCGUGAGCCAGCUGCGCACCGCCCUCGGCAGGAACCCAGACUACACCAUCACGAUCACGGGGCACUCGCUCGGCGGCGCGCUUACGACCAUGUCUGCGCCCACGAUCGCGAAGGCGUUCCCGGGGAAAGUCACGGCAUACUCCCUCGCCUCGCCGCGUGUCGGGAACCCCGCCUUCAUUGCCUUCGUCGAGGCCUUGGUUCCGAAGGAAAAGCUCUUCCGCCUCACACACACGGACGACAACGUGCCGCAGGAUCUGACCCCUGCUGAGGGAUACCGCCAUAUGGCAACCGAAUACUGGAUGAGCACCGACCCGGUCACGGCUGAGAAUAUUGUCCAGUGCGACGGCGGCGAGGAUCCCACGUGCAAUGUGGCGCACGCAACGGCGAAUGCGGGGCUGACGGGUAUCAAUGAGGCCCAUUUCAAUUAUAUGAAUAUUGACUUCUCGGCCGACGAGGCGGAUUGCUGA